AUGUCAUGGUUCCGGGCGGUUGCGGUGGCUCCGCUGCUCGUGACGCCCUCGUUUGCGACGAACUGGUCUGCGAGAGAGCUCUACUCGGGAAGUCACUGCGCUGGGACGCCUAACGUGCUUAAAAUGAUCGAAACAGAUACCUGCGACCCGCAAGCCUGUACGCCACAUGAUCUCGGGGGCUACACCCUGUUCGUGGCCGCAUCUUGUAACGUUACGGACCGGUUCAAGUACACAGGAGAGCGAUUCCAAGGCUUCGACUACGUCAUGAUGGAGGAGUACGACGGUGUCGGGUGUGCAAAUUUAGUCCAAACUACCGUCUAUCCAGCGUCAGGAACGUGUGAAAAAUCCUCGGCACUUGCCAACACGUCCGAUAUCGUUAGUCUCUAUUCGAACGGUACAGCGGUUGUCCUCCUGUUCGAUGACGGUGACUGCGGUAGCAAACCCACACUGCAGUUUGAGCUGGACAGAGAGGCAAUCUCGAACGGCGAUUGCAUUCAAGACCACUACAGAUUCUACACAGGCACGGCAUCCAGCAGAACAGCCUCUAGUAGCUCAGCUUAUUCCUAUGAAAACAGCCAAGGCAAAUGGAGCUUCAGUGACAGUUCCGAUGGCCUCGGUUGGGGUGCCAUCACAGCCAUCGUGGUCGGCUCUGUCGCGUGCGUCGCGUUCCUGGCUUUCGCCACUUUCAAGUACGUUCGACGGCGCUACGAUGACAACCUUUCUAAGGACACAGGCAUCGCUGCGCUGGCUGCUAGUUAUGCCGGCUACCCGACACCAGAGAGCGCUCUGAACGCGAUCACGUUAGGCUCUGAAGCUUCGUACUCACAGGGAAGUACUGAGGAAGAGGAGAAGCCACGGAGUCGUCGUGUUUUAAGUGGUACAAGUGGCUUGUGGGACGACGAGAUCAUCAUCACAGCUCGCGUCCCACGCGAGAAGGUAAUAGUGCAGGAACUUAUCAGCCGAGGAGGCUACGGCGAAGUCUACUCGGGUAUGUUUAACGAUGAACCAGUGGCUGUUAAGAUGCUGCUGCCGGAAAUGCGCAAGAGCAUCAGCCACUUGAACGCCUUCUUGGCCGAGGUGAAGCUCAUGGCAACACUGAAUCACGAACGCAUCGUUCAAUUCGUUGGAGUUGCGUGGGACUCACUCACCGACCUCUGUGUUCUAUCGGAGUUCAUGGAAGGUGGAGACCUCCGGACGCUUCUCAAGAACUGCGAGGAACACAACACGCCUCUUGGGUUCGACCGUAGCAAGGUUACCAUUGCGCUUCACGUCGCGCAUGCACUGACUUACCUGCACUCGUUGUCACCGCCAGUUCUUCAUCGUGACCUCAAGUCCAAGAACAUUUUAUUGACAGCACAGUUGGACGCUAAACUCACGGAUUUCGGCGUCUCUCGUGAGAGAUCCGACCACACUAUGACUGGAGGUGUCGGGUCCUCGCGGUGGAUGGCACCGGAGGUGAUGAUGGGCGAACGGUACGACGACAAGGCCGACAUGUUCUCGUUCGGUGUGGUGCUGGCUGAACUCGACCAGCAUCUGCUACCGUACGCCCAUGCCAAGGAGAAUAGUGACUCUGGCCGAGCGAUGCCCGACUUGGCUAUCCUGCAAAUGGUUGCUACUGGUAAGCUUCGCAUCGAGUUCUCCUCGGCAGCUCCUAAGGCUAUUAAGGAACUCGGCAUGGCUUGCGUGUCCAUUGACCCCAAGAACCGACCCACAGCGUCAGACGCGCUGUACAAACUCCACACCAUCUUAGCUCGCGGACUUUAGAGAUAACCCCCGUCCGGUAAAAUAUAAAAGAGCAUCAUCAUGCUCAAAUUUUUAGACGCACUA